AUGUUGUCAUUCAGCUUUUUAGACGAGGCUUAUUCGGCUAAAAUACCCUACAAGUUAUAUUAUGUAAUACCCGAAAACAAAACGGAUACCUCCUCAAAUCUUACUAAUUAUUAUUGGGAUGAUUUUUUUGCUAACGAAAGUUCAAAAGAAGAAAAUAUCGAAAAAGGUUUUCAAGAACAAGGGCAGCAACAACAAUUUACUCCAAAAUUUCCAAUAAAAAUACAACUCCCAACCACUAACAUAACUCCUCCUUCCGAAAUUGUAACCCCCCCAUCAAAGUCAAAGUCGCGUCAAUCCAAUUCAUCCCCAACGAACAAAUCAUCUACUCCGAAAAUGAAACCUAUAACUCCAAGAUUAAGACUUAAAAGAAAUUCUAAAAUUAGGCCAGGUGAACAAGAAUUGACGCGUUCAUCUCCUUCACCAAAAUCAUCUCCGACUAUGAAUAAUGACGAGUCCACUCCAAAAGAUCAGAUAUUACCGGAAUUUACUUUGGAUCUGCCGGUAACUUUGGAUUCCCUAAAAGAAAAUUUGGAAAAAGAACAAUCGGAAGUACCGACAAUACACUUGACAGAUGUGACGGAUGAGAUGCAAGUAGAUUUGUUAGAAACUUCUGAUGAUUCACAGCAACAUGAAACAGAAGAAAAUCCUGCCAUUGAAAAACUUAAAAUUAAACAAGCUUGGAUUAAAAGAAUGCGUCUAAAAUUUAGUGUAAGACCUGAAUUCGGGAUCACACAAAACAUUUUGCAUUUGGAUGGUUCUUUAAAUCAAGACUAUUUUCGACCUCCAAAAGGAUCAAUACCUCAAAUACAACGGAAAUGGACAGACAAAGAACGCGUUCUACUUAUUAAGGGUGUAGAAAAAUAUGGUAUUGGACAUUACAAGGAAAUUUCCGAUGAAUUUUUGCCGGAUUGGUCAGCACAGGAUCUUCGUGUAAAAACAAUGCGGUUAAUUGGAAGACAAAAUUUACAACUUUACAAAGAAUGGAAAGGAGAUGAAAAUGCGAUUAAAGUUGAAUAUGAGAAAAAUAAAAAUAUUGGAUUAAAAACGGGAAUGUGGAAAGCUGGAACUUUGGUUUAUGAUGAUAAUGGAGUUGUCUUGAAAAUGAUUCAGGAGAUGUCAGGUGAUAAUAAAAAGAGGAAAAGAAAUGGGCCAGAUAGUUUAGAGGAAGAUGAUACGGCAUAUGACCUUGAGGAAAUCGAAAUAGACUAA